UAUUAGCAUCAGCAGCAACCAUGGCAUCGUCUGAUGAACUGUCACCAACGGAGUGCAAUCAACGAUACUAAUUUAUCUGGUGACGACAGCGCUGGAUUCUCGUUUAAUACUGAUGUUCUACACUGGGAGAAGAGAAACCAUACAGCAAUAUACAUACAUGUAUAAAUAGUUCGGAAUAAAGAAUUCAUGUCGACUACUUGGCUGCUUAUAGGAGAGUGAUGCUUAGAUGCCAAGCCUCAGAAUGGAUUCACGGUAUCAAGCUAUACCAGGCUCAGCCUUCCCUGCUAAAGACAUGUUGUCUUGGAUGAAUUUAGAUGUUAGUCCUCCUUAAAUCAACCAAGUGAAACUUCUUGUUAAAGAGUCAGCAGUGUAACUGUUAGAAUUUUGAUACUUGAAAGAUAUCUAAAACUUCUUUCACGAUGAAUAUCAAUAGAUUGCUUAGAAAACGUUUUCGGAUCAUCCGCCUCCUGGUUUUAUUGAGUGUGUUCUUUAUCGGUUAUCUUGGAGCAGUGUUUAAAGUGAAUAUUCCAUUUAAGAAGGAAGAAACCCUAAAUAUUCUAAUGAAAGAUCCUGGAGGUCAGUACCUGUCUAGGAAACUGCAAGAAGCAAACGACACCACAUCAGACUCUGGGUCAUUGUACCCCCCAGAGAUAUUCACUGAUGAGCAGUUAAAACACGGGGCAGUCUGUUGCCAUGUAGUGGGCAUGAUAUAUAUGUUUGUGGCCCUAGCCAUUGUCUGUGAUGAGUUUUUUGUACCAUCCUUAGGCUGCAUAACAACAAGGUUGAAGAUUUCUGAGGAUGUAGCUGGAGCAACGUUUAUGGCGGCAGGCGGAAGCGCUCCAGAAUUGUUCACAAGCUUAAUUGGAGUGUUUCUGUCAAAAAGUAAUGUUGGUAUUGGCACAAUAGUGGGAUCUGCUGUUUUUAACAUUCUUUUUGUGAUUGGAAUGUGUGCACUGUGCAGUAAAGACGUGUUGACACUAACAUGGUGGCCACUGUUCAGGGAUGUCACGUUCUACAGUGUAGAUCUCCUUUUGUUAAUUGCAUUCUUUUUAGAUGGAACAAUUUAUUGGCACGAAGCACUUAUUCUACUUUUUGGAUAUUUUGCAUAUGUUACUUUUAUGAAAUUUAACGAAACAAUUGAAAGAUUUGUGAAGUCCAAAUUACGGAAAGGAUCGAACAAAGUGGGAAGUGCCAGUCAUCUUUUAACAGAGAAACCUCAGAGAUCCAUGAGUCUAUCCAUAUUGCAUUCCGGGGGCAACCGUUACAGACAUGGGAUCCUGGACCUUAUGAUACAUACAAUUGACCCCCUGCAGAAUGUACACAAAACCAGAUCAAAAGUUCACGAAAAUGCCAUGAACCUACAUGCUAUAGCCACCCUGAAAGUGGUAAUUGGGACAACCACCCCCACACAGAAUGAGGAGGACAGUCCUGUAGCCAACGGAGUAGAUAAAGAUAACAACAAAGUUCAGUCCAAUGGACAUGUUGCAGUAGAGAACGGCAAGCCAGCUGAUGACACAAGUGCCCCAGAGAAUUCCAAUAAUGUUAGUGAUUCCUUACCAGAGGUCACUAUAGCACCAGUCGAAGAUGGACAAAAUGCUGAAAAUGGGUUGGUAGAGGAUGAGGAGCCCCUGGACCUGAGCUGGCCAGAUAAUUGGAAGAAACGGAUCAACUAUGUCAUCGUUGCUCCAAUCAUUUAUGUUCUUUGGAUCACACUGCCUGACGUGCGACGAGAGGAGAAGAAGAAGUGGUUUAUGGUCACAUUCUUUGGCAGUAUAUUUUGGAUUGGAGGUUUCUCCUAUCUGAUGGUGUGGUGGGCCAACACAACAGGGGAAACUAUUGGAUUAACUCCUGCGGUGAUGGGUCUGACCAUUCUAGCUGCUGGCACAAGUAUUCCGGACCUCAUAACCAGUGUGAUUGUGGCAAAGAAAGGCUUUGGGGACAUGGCUGUAUCCAGUUCUGUAGGCAGUAACAUCUUUGACAUCACCGUGGGGUUGCCAAUACCAUGGUUGCUGUAUGAGGCAGUGUAUGUUGGAAAACCCAUCGAUGUUGACAGUAAUGGACUGGCAUGCUCAAUAUGUCUGCUGUUUUUAAUGUUGAUGGCAGUGAUUAUCUCAAUAGCAGUAUCGAAAUGGCGGAUGAGUCGAACGCUUGGUAUCAGCAUGUUGGUGCUUUACGUGAUUUUCCUGGUCCUCAGCGUGUUACUAGAAAUAAAUGUUGUGCCAUGUCCUAUCGAAGUUUAAAUGAUUUAAUACACCUUUGUAAAUAUACACUGUACAUACAUCUUUACCAAGAUGGAUUUCGUGAUAUUGGAACAAAAUCUGUAAUUUAACAAGAAUUCCUUAUUGCUAAUGAAAACUGUGAUGUUUGUAUAUUUCUUCAAAUUUGCAUUUAUAUUAAUUUAUGUAGUUUAGUAAAUCAAUAAUUUUUAUUUGGUUUUAUUUUCAACUUUUUAACAUUAUAAUAUUGUAUAUUUGUCAGGUACGUGCUAUUCUGAACACUGUUAAAAAUGUGGUCUUGAGACUUUGGUGGUAAGCAAACGAAAUGGCUGGACUAACAUAAUAUUAUAUUGAUUUGUUUUGGUAGUGCCUAAAAAUUGCCAUGGGUUUUGUUUAUGGCUCCCAAAGUAAAAUCUGUUUCCAGUUAACUGAACCAU